AUGGAACCAAUAAGAAAAACUAUUAAUGACUGUGCUGUGAAUUCCAACUAUCAUGAUCAACUGUCCAAUAGAUUUAUUAAACAAGAAGGUAUUCUCAUGGAUGGAGUACCAUUUAAUGGAAAUAUCAAUCAAGAAUGUUUUGAUGAAACAGUGUCAUUUAGUGACAACAAGGGUCAACUAUUACAUUACGAAAACAAAACUGAAGAAUUCAUUACACGAGUGAAUUCGGAUUUUACAUCAAAGAGCUCAAAGAAAAAUUCAUUGAAUGAUAACUGUGAUAAAUCUAAUGUAAUGACACAUACCGCCAAAAAGCUAUACAAAUGUGAACAAUGUGACAAAGAGUAUACUAGAACUGAUCAUUUGUUAGAUCAUUCAAGGACACAUACCGGAGAAAAACCAUUUAAAUGUACUACCUGUGAUAAAUCUUAUACUCGGAAAUCAAUAUUAAAACGUCACAAAUUGACACAUAACGAGGUAAAGUCGUUUAAGUGUGAUUUAUGUGAUCAGGCCUUUUCGGACAGAUCAAAUUUUCAGAGACAUAUAAAAAUACAUACCCGGGGUAAUUCGUAUAAAUGUGAUACCUGUGAUAAACGGUUUACUAGAACAUCAUAUUUGAAAAAGCAUACAAAGACGCAUACCGGAAGAAAGCCAUACAAGUGUGAUAUUUGUGAUAGAAGGUUUACUAAAACAUCACAUUUGACAGAUCAUACAAGGACGCAUACUGGAGAAAAACCAUUUAAAUGUGCUACCUGUCAUAAGUCUUAUACUCGGAAAUCAAAAUUAAAAAGCCAUAUAAUGGCACAUUCCGGGGUAAAACAGUUUAAAUGUAAUUUAUGUCAUCAGGCUUUUUCCGACAAAUCAAAUUUCCUGAGACAUGAAAAAACACAUACCGGAGUAAAGCCAUUUAGAUGUGAUAUCUGUAAUAAAAGAUACGCUGCAAAAGUCAAUUUAAAAAGCCAUAUAAUGAAAAAACAUUGUUGA